CGACAAAAGCUCAAAAUCUCAGGUGGCCAGAAGCGUGCUGACGUGUCCAAUCUGAGUUUGCGAAACUGGCUUUACUGUCUCACCAUUCGUAGGGCUUGAACCGCUACAUCCAUGUCCCAGACAUUCCCGCAAGCCAGGAGAAUAGCAUCUUCACCCAUUGGCAAGCCUGUCGCUUUUGUGACAGGUCAGUUUGCUGGCCACACGCUGCGCGCUGAACUGGAAGAGCUCCAGAAGGCAGAUUUAGGCCGAAAGUAUGCUCGCAAAGACCGGCGACCCCUAGACCCUCCGCCAGUCGUGCAGUUCCGUUUAUUCGAGGUGUUCAACCAUGGCACUCCGCGCGAGACGGAGAGCGAGUUUGACAAUUACGACGAGGUCACGAAUCUCGGCAUUCUCUGUCAUGUCGACUUGUUCCCUAUUACUGAAGAUACCGAUGACGCUGACGAACUGUCGGGCGGCGGCACUGUUCAAAAUACUACUCCGGUGUCAUAUAUUGACUCGACGUCUGGACAAGAUUUCUCAAUGUCAGCUUUCCCGCCAUCAUCCACUUCCCUGCAGAUGCUCUCUUCACCUGCAUCACCCAACAUGUCCCAAUCAUACGCACUUUCUCAAGGGUAUCCGCUUUCGGUGAUCCUUCCAUCGCUGCCAAUCCCGGCCUCAAGACCAUUGUUCGACCAUACUAAUUCUUAUCCGGUCCAGUCAGCGAGCAUAGGCGGUGAGGCAGACACUGACAUCGUUGCGUACUACGGAGAUCACCCCAUAAGGGAGAGUUCCAAAUGCACACAUGCGCUCGCGGGCACAACAUUCGUGCAAUCUGCCAGCCUGGAGUACAAUGGGAAGAAGGUCCUGAUGUUUGUGUUCUCUGAUCUUGCGGUCAAAAUCGAGGGCACGUUUGUACUCCGGUACCGUGUGUUCAAUAUCUCCUCGAAUGCCUUUGUUGGCUCCGGAAUCCCCAUCUUGGCGGAAUGCUAUGGGGGACCGUUCAAAAUCUACUCCACCAAGGAGUUCCCCGGCCUGCGGGCGUCCACCGAUCUAACCAAGCACAUCUCGUUUCACGGCGUUCGGCUCAACCUGCGCGAGAACGAACGGAAGCGACGUAAGAAAAACGAGAUCGAGGCCGAGCGCAGGGCGGCAGCAGCAGCAGCAGACGACAAUAUGUCCGAGGCUGAUUCAUCCCCCGCAGCCCUAAGCCCUGUGAGCUGCGAGCCCUCUACUUCGGCUGCCAGAACCACCGGUAUCCGGCGGAGCAAGCGAAAUAAGCGACAAAAUCGUGACAAAGGAAGGAACUCUGAGGAUGACAGCGGCGACUUCGACGCAUGAACAUAACCUAUCCCAUUUCAGUACGCACAUCCCACUGCUAUCGUGUUCUCGUUGUUUCGCUUUACAGUUAUCAACGCAUAUCAUACAUUAUUGCCGCCAUCUAAUUACUAUACAUCCGGCGACUCGCGUCUGCCAUUCAUAACUGUAGACAAAAUCACGGCUCUAGUUGAUUUUCUUCCGGAGACUCCCGCCUGUCUGUCAACUUAUACGAAUGGCAGGAAGGGGGGAGUGGGCCGUAUCCCUGGGAAUAGGCAUGCUAUUGGCGUUUGUACGAUAGGUCAUUGUAUCCAUAUCACGUACUAGUUUAUCAUCGCCUGUGUUAAUUGUACUUCGGUAUACGGAGUGCUCUAGA